ACUGUCCGCUGUCUGAGCUUGGAAUUUGGAGUAAACUAGACGAUUUCUCUCUGUCCAAGUCUCUGUCAUUCUUUUCGGUCAAAAGCUAUAAAAGAAGUAAAACAUGGCUGAGGCAGAUGAAACUCAGAAGAAGAAGAGGACCUUCAGGAAGUUCACCUUCCGAGGGGUAGACCUCGACCAACUUCUGGACAUGCCAAAUGAUCAGUUGUUGGACUUGAUGCAUGCGCGAGCACGUAGACGCUUCUCUCAUGGUCUGAAAAGAAAGUCUAUGGCACUUGUUAAGAAGCUGCGCAAAGCAAAAAAAGAAACGCCACCAAACGAAAAACCUGAAAUUGUUAAAACUCAUUUGCGUAACAUGAUUAUUGUGCCAGAAAUGGUUGGUUCAAUCAUUGGUGUGUACAACGGCAAGACUUUCAAUCAAGUCGAAAUCAAACCAGAAAUGAUUGGACAUUAUCUUGGUGAAUUUUCUGUUACAUAUAAACCUGUAAAACAUGGUAGGCCUGGUAUUGGUGCUACACAUUCUUCACGGUUUAUUCCACUUAAAUAAAGUUUGUAUUUCUUUGUCAGUAAAUAAAAUAUUCAAAUAUCCAAUGUGAUAAACUA